CCCCUUGCGGUUUGGCGGAGUGCGCGUGCGUGGCGGGCGGUCGGUCGGUCAGCUGACUGUCAACCGACUGCAGGAGCUCGAGGCGGAGGCAGCAGCAGCAGAUCGUUCAAGAUGGAUUUCAGCAAACUUCCCAAAAUCCAAGAUGCCGAACACGAGACAAUGGUUGGAUAUGUUUUUGGAGUCUCGGGGCCCGUUGUCACUGCCUCAAAUAUGGCUGGAGCAGCGAUGUACGAGCUGGUCCGUGUAGGUCACUCUGAGUUGGUUGGUGAGAUUAUUCGUUUGGAGGGAGAUAUGGCCACAAUCCAAGUUUAUGAAGAAACUUCUGGUGUAUCUGUCGGAGAUCCUGUGUUGCGAACAGGUAAACCCCUUUCUGUGGAACUGGGACCUGGCAUCAUGGGAGCCAUCUUUGAUGGAAUACAGCGACCUCUAAAGGACAUCAAUGAUCUAUCGCAGAGCAUUUACAUCCCCCGUGGUGUCAACGUGAAUGCUCUGAGUAAAGACUUAAAGUGGGAAUUUACACCUUCCAAGAAUAUGCGGGUUGGUAGUCACAUCACUGGUGGAGACAUAUAUGGCUUAGUCUAUGAAAAUUCUCUUAUUAAGCACAAAAUCAUGCUUCCGCCAAAAAACAGAGGAACUGUGACAUAUGUUGCCCCAGCGGGAAACUAUGAUGUUUCUGAUGUAGUUCUGGAACUUGAAUUUGAAGGAAUUAAGGAUAAGUUUACUAUGGUUCAGAUCUGGCCUGUCCGUCAGGUGAGGCCAGUCACUGAGAAGCUUCCAGCAAUUCACCCUCUGCUAACAGGACAGCGAGUGCUGGACGCACUUUUCCCAUGUGUGCAAGGUGGAACAACAGCUAUUCCCGGUGCCUUUGGUUGUGGAAAAACUGUGAUUUCUCAGUCUCUAUCAAAGUACUCCAACAGUGAUGUUAUCAUCUACGUUGGAUGUGGGGAGCGUGGCAAUGAGAUGUCUGAAGUACUGAGAGAUUUCCCAGAGUUGACGAUGGAAGUUGAUGGGAAAAUAGAAAGCAUCAUGAAGCGAACAUCUUUGGUGGCUAAUACCUCCAACAUGCCUGUCGCUGCCAGGGAAGCUUCCAUCUAUACCGGCAUUACACUUUCUGAAUAUUUCCGGGACAUGGGUUACCACGUCAGCAUGAUGGCAGACUCCACCUCCCGAUGGGCUGAGGCCUUGCGAGAAAUCUCCGGACGGCUGGCAGAGAUGCCUGCUGACAGUGGUUAUCCUGCUUACCUGGGUGCCCGUUUAGCUUCAUUUUACGAGCGUGCAGGCCGAGUCAAGUGCCUGGGAAAUCCUGAGAGAGAGGGUAGUGUCAGCAUUGUCGGAGCUGUCUCACCCCCUGGUGGUGAUUUUUCGGAUCCUGUGACAUCAGCUACUCUUGGCAUUGUGCAGGUAUUUUGGGGCUUGGAUAAGAAGUUGGCACAGCGCAAACAUUUUCCUUCAGUCAAUUGGCUGAUUAGCUACAGCAAAUACACCCGUGCACUGGAUGAGUACUAUGAAAAGCACUUUACGGAAUUUGUGCCAUUAAGGACCAAAGCUAAAGAGAUCCUGCAGGAAGAAGAGGACCUCGCAGAAAUUGUUCAGCUGGUCGGAAAAGCAUCUCUGGCAGAAACGGACAAAAUAACACUGGAGGUGGCAAAGUUGAUAAAGGAUGAUUUUUUGCAACAGAAUGGAUACACUGCCUAUGACCGCUUUUGUCCUUUCUAUAAAACUGUUGGUAUGCUGUCAAAUAUGAUUGGCUUCUAUGAUAUGGCUCGUCAUGCAGUGGAAUCGACUGCACAAAGUGAUAACAAGAUCACGUGGGCGAUUAUUCGUGAGCACAUGGGAGAGAUUCUCUACAGGCUGAGCGCCAUGAAAUUCAAGGACCCAGUGAAAGAUGGCGAGCAAAAAAUUAAGGCAGACUACAUACAACUUUACGAAGACAUGCAAACUGCAUUCCGUAGUCUAGAAGAUUAAAAUGGGUUGUCCCUGAAAAUACUUGAAACAAAACCUGUAUUUCCCAGUAUUUAUGUUUUUGUUUUUUUUUGUUUUCCUGCAUUCCUUUUGUGUUAAUUUUGUUGUGUUGAAUGUCUGGUUAUUAAUUCACCGUUCGGACAGCCUUUGAUAGAUAUGGUUUAUUCUGAAUGUGUUUGUACAAGUGUGGGGUCUGCUUACCUGUCGUGAAAACAAGUAUCAGUAUUCUAUGUAUCUGCCAUAACUGGUAUUGUGUGCUUUUGAUUUUCUGUAAAUCACAAGUCAAGUUCAUUUUUAAACCACUGCAAAUGUGAUUUGUCCUCCAUCUUAUUUUUUUAAGCCACUGGAUAUGUGAACCCGCUGAGUUUCUCCAGCAAUUUUGUGUACAUUCAGAAUUAGCUGUUUUGAAAUGAAGUACUUCAAGUUGUGAGCAAGGUUCUGUGUGACAUUUUGCCAGAAUUAAGCUUUGGGGAAGAGGAAAAUGAGUGAUAGCAAGCAGAUCUACCAGCUUCAUUCCCAGCAUCGAUCAUUUGGUGUUAAGGAGUCGCAUGGUAAAUUUAUUUUUUAGAUUUUUCAUUAUUCAGCAAAGGAACUAAUUUGGUUUAUGCAAGUCUGUUGUAAACCCUAAAUGCAGUAGCAAAGAUAUCUUGUUUGCAAAUUAAGUAAAACACCUGUUGUUUUGGUCCCUGGUAGUGCAAGUUUUGCAUCCUUCUCUACCUUUGAUGCAACUUUAUGCAAAACACUGGUUUAGCAUUUUGUCUUGGCUCUAGCUUGAUUUACAGUAUGUUAGGCUUCUAAAUCAAAUUCCAUGUGAAAUGUACACUUUUUUUACAGUUAGCUCACUUGGAAGUUUUUCAACAGGGAUGUGCCUGUAACCUUAUGAAGUAGUCAAUACAGCAGAUCAAGCUCUAGAGUUUUGAAAAAGUCAACAAAUUUGGAAUGGUCUUGUUUUCAUUAAAUUGUGGUAGAUUCUAAAUCAAUUUAUUUGGCCAAGAAGGUUUUGGAAAGCUAUCUGUGAAGAACACCAAAUUGAGCUGCGGAAUUGGGGCAAUAAAUGUAUAAUUAAAUUUUCAACUCCCAAAUUCAUCUCUUUUGAAAAAUAGUCGCAUAAUAGUCAAAGAUGUGAGCAUGAAACAGAAUUGAAGAAAAUUGGCAGUGUAAGAAGGGAUCUAAUGAAACCAGGGUGAGUCUAAAUUUUUUAAUCCGAAAGGAGAUUUUGAGGGAUUAUGGAAUAAGUUUUUCAUACAUGGCACAAUGUACCUGUUAAAAUAACCAGUUCACACUCUGUUAGUAUUGAUGUUUCUACAUGUUUUUGAUUAACUCCAUUUAAGUUUCAGUUGUUGACCAACAUCGGAAGCUUUCUCAAUGGCAUUUCCUAAGAGCAUGCCCUUUGCCUAGAUUUUAUUUUUCCCCCCAAUGGACAACAUUUUCUAUUUGCACAAGUUAAAUUUGGUUCAUGAGUUGUGACUGACUGGUGUGUGUGACUUAAACACUAUACUUUAGGACAAGCUUCUUGGUUUCUAGGUCUGUUGGUGUUGAUACAUGAUCUCUAGUUUUAGAAUAUUAUUUUGGAGAUAACCGAUACAAUGUCACAAAUGAUUGGAUCGCCUCAUUGCUUAUGUGUCUGGUGGAAGGAUCGGCUGUUAUCUAAAAUUUGGUUAAGCACUCCUUUCUGAUUGGCGAAAGGAACUUGCUGUGAGUGAUAGUAUGAGAUAUUUCUUAAUGUGAAGAUAUAGAGAGCAGAGGAUAGUAGAUGAAAGUCAGGAUAGAACCUUCCUCCUGGACAGGAGGGGAAAAAACUGAGCUGAGUUUAAAGUGAAAAAUAUCAUCGCUAGUUAAUGCGAGUAAAUAAUUUCAGUGCAUGGUAAAGCAAUAGUUGAAUAUUUGAAGUCCCAUACUCCCAAACAAGGUUAGCAUUAGAUUGGUAUAAUUAAUGUGCAAUUAUUUGGUGUUCUAUGAAUACAGAGCAUUGCAAUGAAUUAAAAGUUAUGUCAGUUCAAUAAAAUUAUCCAGAUAAUGCAACUUAAAAAAUGUCAAUGUAAUUGCUUUCAGUCCAGUUUUGACAACCAAUUUGUAUUAUUGAAAGUAGCUGAAACAAAUCUCCAUGGAACCAACUUUGAAAUGUUUUAAAAUAUGUAAUACUUGCCAUUAUAAAAACUUAAUGUAGUCUAUAUUAUUUUUUAAAUUCGGUUGGAAGAAUCUGGCAAAAUAAGUUUCAGUCCUAUAUAAUUGCUUGCUGUUUAAACUUAAUUGUCCAUGUAAAUGGCCACGUUUUUUUCUAGAAUAAGCAAGGGAAAUAGUCCAAUUUGUAAAUAAGUUUGGAUUUGGCCCCAGGUGCUUUCAUGUUUUUUUUUUCCCCUAAAGAAAAUUGAAAGGCUGUUCAUGCAUUAGUUUCUGUGAAAAUGACAACAUUUUUGCUCUGAAAAUCCUGAAAGGGAAUCCAGGCAGGGGAAAUCAGUCUGAUCACUGCCUAGAAUAUUUGAUGUUUGGCUGAAAUGGAAAAGCGAGUGUCGAUGUUGAAUAUCUGCAGCAAAUAAAGACAUGGAACAGGAAAGGUGGUUUCUUCAUAUACAAUGUUUGUAACUGAAAAAUGCAUAUAAUUCUGAUUCUCGCUGUAGUAAAACAGGUAGUCACUGCACUUCAGUCAUUCCCUCCUAUCGACUUCAUGUCAAACCCAAUGCAGCAAAUGACAACGUGGGUGUAAUUAAUUAUCUUGCUGUAACAGAUAUUAAAACUAUAUUUGGAAUUUAAAGCAGUGAUUAAGUUGUACAUUGUGAUUAAUGUAAGGCAAUAAUUGAAGUUGUAUUUUUUCCAGUUCACUGUUCAGGAAAUGAUUUAUUGUGUGCAGCGUGGUUAAGUUUUUUAAAUUUAGUCAUUGUUCAAAAUUGUAUAAAAUAUAAACUAAUAAAAUUGUAAUGGUGUUUAA